AUGGUGAUUUUCAGCGUGUAUGUUGUCAACAAGGCUGGAGGUUUAAUUUACCAGUAUGACAACUACGUGCCGAGAGCAGAGGCUGAAAAAACGUUUAGUUACCCUUUAGAUCUGGUCCUCAAACAUCACGACGAGAAGGUGGUCGUCUCGUUCGGCCAGAGGGACGGAAUCAAAGUGGGCCAUGCAGUGCUUUCCAUCAAUGGGAUUGACGUGGUUGGAAAGAGUACAGCCGAUGGGAAAGACAUUCUUGAAUACUUGAAAGAUUCCUCCAAUUAUCCAGUAUCGAUUCGAUUUGGACGGGCACGACUCAGUUCCAAUGAAAAACUGAUGUUAGCGUCUAUGUUCCAUUCGUUGUUCGCUAUUGGAUCACAGCUGUCUCCAGAGGUUGGAAGUUCAGGGAUUGAGAUGCUGGAAACGGACGUGUUCAAACUUCACUGUUUCCAGACUCUUACAGGAAUAAAAUUCAUUGUACUGGCAGACCCGCGACAAGCUGGCAUUGAUGCUCUUCUCAGGAAAAUUUAUGAGAUCUAUGCAGAUUUUGCUCUAAAGAAUCCAUUUUACUCCCUGGAAAUGCCUAUCAGGUGUGAACUUUUUGACCAGAACUUAAAAAGUGCACUGGAGAUUGCAGAGAAGGCUGGUAACUUUGGAGCUGGGUCGUGA